AUGAAAAAUAAGAGCAAGGAGCAAAUAGCCGAGUUCUUCAACACUACGACAGACACCAUGGGGAACCAUUUGUUGCACGUCUGCGCCAAUUACGGAGCGUACGACGUUAUGGACGAGCUACUCAAUGUGGAAUUUCUCGAGUGUGAUCCGUUGAACAGACGAGAGGGCGAAACACCAAUUCAUUCAGCCGUUAAAUAUGCCAAUGAGCGGGAAGUCGAACUCGGUGAGGCAAUGGCGAAGAUGUUGAUUGAUGCUGGAGGCGACCCAAGAGUCAAGGAUAAACAUGGCAGAAAACCCGCCGAGAUAUGCACCCCACGAACAGAAGAACUCCGCAGUAUUCUGGUCAAGGAGGAAUAUGUGCUCAAUGAAGGUCUCAAGAGCUCGGAUGUCCACCCCGACGACGAUGAUGCCGAUGCAGGGCCACCUUCAGAUGAGGACUGA